GUAGAUUUUAGUCUCUGUUCAUGCUGCUUGGCACUUUGUAGAACCAGCUUCUGUUAGUAUCUAACGUCAAGAAUCAGAUUAACUGUACAAUGGGCCUGCAGAAUGGAGUAUGAUAUUGAUUUCUACAAACAUUUUGCUUGGCUUAAAAAGGGUAACCUGCAUUCAUCUGGCAACAGUGAGUCCUACCAGGAGCGAUUAUCACGUCUGGAAGGAGAUAAAGAGUCACUAAUUCUGCAGGUGAGUGUGCUGACAGACCAGGUGGAAGCUCAGGGGGUGAAAAUCAGCGAUCUAGAGAGUUCUCUGGUGGAACAUCAACACAAACUCAACUCCACAGAGGAGAUGCUGCAGCAGGAGCUCCUGCAUAGGACGUCACUGGAGAACCAGAAGCUGAGUCUUAUGGGGGAGGUGUCCUACCUGAAACUAAAGCUGGCAGACAUGGAGGGAAAACAGAGCCAUGGGGCUGAAAGGCAGCACAAAGCAGAGAGCGUAGUGAAUUUCAUUAGUGAGCUGCAGGAGCAGAUGUGUAGGUUUCAGAAAGAGAUCAAUAGCAAGAUCCAGGAGAAAAAGGCCUCAGAGAUCCAAGCUGACAGCGACUCUCCAGUGGCAUGGCCCACUGGCUCCAUUGAGGGCCAGGGCUCAAAUCCUGGCCCCUCAUGUGACAGAGCUACAGGGGUGACACACAAACUAGACGAGGCUCCAGAAGGGCCUGAUGGGAACACACACAGCCUGGGAGAGAGUAGCUCAGAUGCAGAGCACCAGUGCCACUGUGGAGGAGAAAAUGGUUUGCUGAAGGAGCUCAGGAUUCUCAAGGACAAGGUGGAACACCUGGAGGAUCAGAAGUUACAGUACGAAAAGAAACUUAAAGCAACAAAGGCAGAGAUCACCAGCCUUCAGCAGCUUCUGCUCAGUAAGAAUGCUGAGAUUGAGAGCUUGCACACUCAGCUGCUGGCCAGGCCCUCUCUUUCCACCGACAGCUCAGAGAGAGAUCAGGAGCUGCAGAGGCUUAGGAGUGGAAUGAAAUCGCUGGUAGCUGCCAAUGAUGAAAAGGACCGGCGUAUAGAGGAGCUCACUCUGCUCCUGAAUCAGUGCAAGCAAAUUAGAGAGGUCAAUCACAUCACAAGGCAAGUGCCACCUGCUGUUCGUUCAUUGUCAAAUGGUAGGACUCCUUCAAGCAGCAGUGAGGAAGAAGAACAGAUGCUGAUGAAGAAUGCUGACUCUGCCAGUGCAAAGUCUGAGGAUGUAAAGUCUGAAGUGUCCACAAACAGUUCUUCCUCCCAGCAAGCAUAUAUUUCAUCAGACCAGAAGGACAGUGAUUGCAGAACGGAAGUGCAGACUUUAUCAAGUAGCUUGAAUGACUUAACAAAUGGACCAUCACAAAAGGUAUCUUUACUUGACACAAGAAGUCAGACGCUGCCUGUGAAUUCCUGUCUGACAGAGGAGAAUGUGAUCGGAGACAGUGGCAGUGAAAUCCAGAGUGAAAGGUCUCCAGAUGGGAGUGAAGAUGGAGACUCCAGCCAACGAAAGUUGGAGAAAGUUGACGACAGCACUUCAAGUGAUAAUUCUCCUGUUCAUUCUGGGGCAAAUACACAGCCUGGCCAGAGAGCUGUGGGAUCACCAGAAUACAUGAAGAAUAAUCGCAGCUUAAAGAGACUCUGGGGAAAACUUCGAAGAACCCAGUCUGGAGGGCUCCAGGCAGCAGAUCCAGACGCUGGUCAGUUUAGAAGAGGGGGGCUGCGUGCAACAGCAGGACCCAGACUGACCCGUACCCCUGAAUCUUAUGACCCUUCACGUGAUAUGAAUAUUCCAUUCAGUCAGUGGACCAAGGAGCAGGUGUGUGGCUGGUUAGAAGACUAUGGACUGGGCCAGUAUGUCAAUCUCACUAGACAGUGGGUUGAAAAUGGGCAGACGCUGCUGGCUGCCACACCUCAGGACUUUGAGAAGGAGAUGGGUAUGAAGAACCCUUUACACAGGAAGAAGCUGCAGCUAGCUCUGAGGGCAUUCACCACUAAAGUUAUAGAGAAGUCGGCAGAGCUGGACUACAUCUGGGUCACCCGCUGGUUGGAUGAUAUUGGUUUGCCCCAGUAUAAGGACCAAUUCCACGAGGCCCGUGUAGAUGGUCGGAUGAUACAGUACCUCACAGUGAAUGACCUCUUGACUCUAAAGGUGACCAGCCAGCUUCAUCAUCUCAGUAUUAAAUGUGCCAUCCAUGUCCUUCAUGCCAACAAGUUCAACCCUAACUGCCUUCGACGCAGGCCUGGAGAAGAGAAACAGCCCUCUCCUUCAGAGGUGGUACAGUGGUCUAACCAUCGUGUAAUGGAGUGGCUUCGAGCAGUUGAUCUUGCUGAAUAUGCUCCUAAUCUACGGGGCAGCGGUGUUCAUGGUGGGCUGAUUAUCCUGGAGCCUCGCUUCAGCUCAGAGACUUUGGCCUUGCUGUUAAAUAUUCCUCCACAGAAGACUUUGCUCCGCCGUCACCUCGCCACAGCCUUCUCUGCCCUUGUGGGGACUCAGGCCACACAGGAGAAGCGAGAAUAUGGCAAUGCCACAGGCCAUGUUCCCCUCACUACUACAGCUAAAGUGAAGCCAAAGAAGCUGGGCUUCACACAAUUCAGUCAUCUCAGAAAGAGGAAACCUGAUGAAUCUGCGGACUAUAUCUGCCCAAUAGACAGUGGAGCUCUGACAGUGAAUGGGGUCUCACGCUUGCCCUCUGCAGCACUCAGGGGCCUUAGCCCCAACUUGGACAGACAUGCUGAGAAUCAAGAGCAAGUGGAGAUAAAAGCCCAGUCUAAUGGCCACAAAGAAUAA